AUGCUUAUCUGUCCUCGCAGAGUGCGACCGGUACUACCCUUGUACAGUCACCUCACCCAGCGGCAUUCUACCAAUUCGUACCUAUCAACUAUGACUACGUCCGACUUUAAGGGACACUGCCCUAUCGGAGACUUCGAUAUCAACAAAGCACACGCAGUAAUAAGUAACGACCCAGAGAAGAUUUACAAUGAGUACCAAUACCUUCGACAAGAAUGCCCACUGAUAUACACCUCUCAAUAUGGCGGGUACUGGAUAAUGUCGCGGUACGAAGACGUGAAAAGAGCCGCGCUCGACUCCGAAACCUACAUCUCAUCCGUCAAAGCAGUAGUACCCAGCGACCCACGAGGAAUCCGCCGACCGCCACUAAACUUCGACGCCCCAGCGCACACGCCGUUCCGAACCGCGCUAGAACGGACCUUGAAGCCCUCGAGGAUAAGAAGACUUGCAGAGCCAUUGCAACGGCAUGCUGAGACCGAACUUGCUCCGUUACUUGCGACCGGGAGGGGAGAUAUCAGUGCGCAGUUUGGCGCGAAUUACGUGGCGCGUGUUGAAACGGAGUGGUUGAAUCUCGACCCCGAUGUGGCGCCUAAACUCGCAACGACGGCUGCGGCGUGGCUUAAUGCGUGGAGAAUGCAAGAUGGGGAGACGGUGACGGCGAAUUCGAUGAAGAUGUAUCAGAUUGCGAGGGAUUUGUUGGCUGACCGGCGGGCGAAUCCGAGGGAUGCUGAGGAGGAUCCGGCGUCGUCGUUGUUGCUUGAGACAGAUCCCGAGGGCAAUCCUCUGAGCGAGGAACACCUGGUCGGAUGUCUACGUCAGUCCUUGGUCGUUGGCGUGGUUGCCCCACCGAUCUUGAUCGGCUCCAUCUGCAAACAUCUCGCAGAAGACAAAAAUCUCCAAAAAAGGCUUCGAGAAGAUGAAUCACUGAUACCAGCCGCUUUGGAGGAGUUUUUACGAUUGUACAGUCCGUAUCGAGGAUUUGCGCGGACAGUCUCGAAAGAGGUUCACUUGCACGGUCAAACCAUCCGGCCACGGGAACCCAUCACGCUGAAUUAUACUUCUGCAAAUCGCGAUCCAGAGAUAUUUGAGAGCCCAGAGGAGUUUAUCUUACACAGAGAAAACAUCGCCAUGCAUCUAGGGUUUGGUCGCGGUAGGCAUAGAUGCGUAGGAAUGCCUUUGGCUCGACUUGCUGUAGAGACAGUGAUAAAGGUUUUGCUGCGCAGCACUCGUGACUUUGAAGUUGAAGGUCCACUUCAGUACUCUCGUAUGCCAGAACUAGGUAUAAUUAGUUGCCCGAUGCGGUUUUCUUGAUCAAGAAUUGUGCAAUAUAUUCCAUUAGUUUGUACACCGACGAGCAAUGUCUACUUCUAUCUGACAGUGAAGAAUUUCAAUCUGCCAUCUAUUUACACGUUGGUUAGCUUCAAGCGCACAUAAAUCGCGAUUCAAGAACUCUUCUCAAGGACUGUAAAAGUUGCCCCAGAACCACAUACCCGUGUCUGCCGAUAUUCACCACCCUUGCGUAUACAGCUUUUUCAUUUUCACUUCAUCAUGACCUGCCUGAUUCUAGCCAGAGAGACCCAUAACAUCAAUUGAUGUUGCCAACUGAAUUCGAUGGUUGUCUAACCGUAUUUGGAAUCACUUGCCCGAUACGGACUAGAAAGGAAGCUGUGAAGGCACCCAUGGGGUUGUUGCCUUGAAACUUCGUAUUGCUCCUCCCAUUACCUCUCAGGUAUAUUAUCUGCGCUGCACCAUAAUCCAUUCGUUGCCUAUCUUUUCCAUCAAACCUCUCCCUCAACAUCUGCCAUCACACGCCGUUCUUUGAAGCCUCAGAUCGACUCGCGCGAGAUGGAUUCGACCAGCGCUGUAACACGGGUGUUCUCAAUCAGAGAACUUGUCGAGGAGAUCUUCAUCCAGGGCGACUUCGGACCCCUCCAUCUUUUCAAAGCACGUCGCGUCAAUCGCAUGUUCAAUUCCGUCGUCACCAACGCAGCCGUGUGCCGUAAAGCAUUGUGGCUUACUCCAAACUUCCCACCAGACCCGACAAAUGUGGAUGUACAGUCCGUCCAGUUCAACCCAUGGCUGGAGUACCUGUUUCCUGUACAGACCAGGACUUAUUUUGAUCGUAUUCGCCAACGAGAUACCCAUGGGUUCAAUCAUCCAUUUCCUAGACUCGACGCGCUCGAUCGGCGCGAUUGCGUUCUCUUUUCAGGGAAGAUAUGCAAGACUUGUUACUCCACAUCCAUCCAUCUCCACAGUCUGCCUGAUGAAGGUUGUUACCUACAUCUCCCGCUUAUUGAGACCCACGGAGCGAAAGAUCUCUUUCCGCCGCAACAGUUGUAUCAGGACGCAGUGUGGCGGAAAAUGUACCCAUCCAACCCAGUCGUACCUGUUCACG